UUGAAACUCCCCAAUUUGGUAAAUAGGGUAGCUUUGCUGCCUUCAUACUGACCACUGCAAAGAAUGGAGAAUUGGAGGUGAAAGAACGAGGAAAAAUCAGAAUGAUGGAUUGGAAAAGAAGAAAAAUCACACAGUCCUCUGCUUCACCAGCAAAAGAAAGGAUCUGUAACGGUAUUUCAAUCUCUAUUUUAGACCUUCCCAUUUGCAUUUUAGUUGAGAUUUUUCUAAGACUUUCAAUUUCUACCAUUGUUGAUUGCAAAAGGGUUAGCAAGGCUUGGUACAAAUUUAUUUCAGACACUGAAUUUGCUAGUGUUUAUUUGAGAAAACCAACAUUUACCAGUGUUAUUUUACCCGUGGAAAAAAAUGGGCUUUGUUUGCUUGAACUCAAAGGAGGCUAUGAUUAUACGAGCAAACGAAUUUCCCCGAAAAUUUGUCGAACCCCAGAUGGGUUUUCCAGGGGAUCAGUGACAAUAUUGGGUUCUUGUAAUGGAUUGCUUUGUUUAGCUCAUUAUAUCUAUGGGGAGGAGCAGAACUAUAGAUUGUAUGUGUGUAAUCCAUUGCUUGGGGAAUAUGUGUUGCUUCCACAACCAAAAGUAGAUAAAAGAAUUCGUGAAGAGGUGUAUGGAUUUGGGUUUAGUCCAAAAACUGGACAAUAUAAGUUGUUUAGGAUUAUUACAAGGAAAUGGCGUGUUGGUAAAACUGAAGCUCAGGUUUGCACGGUAGGGAUUGGAAAUGAUUGGAGGGUUUUACGGGAAAAUGCUCCAUUUCCACUUGCUAGAAAAUGCUUGGGUGAAAUUCUUUCUACGGUCCAAAUUUGUGAGGUUACUCUUAAUGGAGCUCUACAUUGGAUAUCAGGUGAUUUGAGUAAGCCUGACUUUAUAUAUUCGUUUGACAUUGGUGAGGAAAAGGUUCGGCUUGUUCCUCAUCCCCAUGGCAUGGUAGAGAGAAAUCGUUGGACAAGUUUGGGAGUUUUACGUGAUUGUCUUUGUGUCUUUCAAGUUACCAGAUCUUCUCCUGGUAUGGACAUCUGGUGGAUGAUGAAGUAUGGAGAAGUGGAGUCUUGGACUAGGGAGACUAUCAUGGACAGUUGCCUUCCACAAGAUUUGGAGUAUAGAAGACCAUAUCAUCCAACUUUGAUUUGGAAGACAAGUGAAAUGUUGAUGUGUCCUGAUUAUGGGCCUUUGAUCUGUUACAACAUAGAAGAAAAGACUGCCAUGGAAGUGGCGACUAAAGUUGAUCGCCGUUUCCGUUCCUUACCAGUUCCUUUCCACCCGUGCUUUCUCUCCCUUAUCGAUGUUCUAGAGGCAGGACAUGUGGAGGGUGUUGGUGGGGAGCUAAACUUUGUAAUGGGUUGCAAGAGAGAUGAAAUUACUUCACCAAAUAAUAAGAGGAAUGCUGGUACUAGCAUUAUGGAUCUACCCACCUUCAUUUUGGUAAACAUUUUAUCAAGGGUACCAAGUAUCACCAUUUUAUGCAUCAAAAGCGUUUGCAAGACCUGGUAUAGGUUCAUCUCAGAUCCUCAUUUUGCUGACACUUAUUUCACAGCUCGACAAUCUGUUAAUCUUGUGCUUUCGACUAGAGACUCUGCUUGCUCUUUUCUUGAGCUUAAAGCAGGUGACAAUAAUGACAAUCAACUUAACUAUAAGAGUGGUUUACCUGCUCGGCUCUCUGAUGAUAGAGUGGCUUUCUUAGGCUCUUGUAAUGGGUUGAUUUGUUUCUCUGUAUCCUCCAACUCAAUGCCGAAUUACAGUGUUCUUUUUAUCUGUAAUCUACUCCUCAGAAAAUUUUCUCCAAUUCCCAUACCAAAGGUGGAAAAAAAUAUUCGAGAAGAUGUGUAUGGAUUUGGAUAUAGUCCAUUGACAGGCCACUACAAAAUCUUGAGAAUUUUCACAAAAAAGUGGCAUCCAGGAAAAUCUGAAGCUCAUGUUUGUACUAUAGGAUCUGAUAAAGAUUGGAGAGUUAUAGAGAAUCAUACUCCAUUUCCAAUGGGUAGGAAGUGGUCAGAAUUCAGUAAUGUAGCCCACUUGAGUGGGGCUGCUGUUAAUGGUGCUCUUCAUUGGAUAGUUGAAAAUUCUCAAAAUCCUGAUUUUAUAUACUCAUUUGACUUGUGUGAUGAAGAAGUUCAUCAAGUUCCACCUCCCCCAUAUAUGGGAAAGAGAAGCUCUUGGACCAGUCUAGGAGUAUUGCGAGAUUGCCUUUGUGUAUAUCAUACUAUUUGCCCUGCAAAUCUAGACAUAUGGUCGAUGAAGGAUUAUGGAGUUGGCAGUUCGUGGACUAAAGAAAGCUUUUCUGCAGAUCACAUUCCAGUUGGUUUGGCAAAUCAUGCAGUCCUCCCAAUUCUUACAUGGAGAAGUGGUGAGCUGCUGAUGCAAGUGGAUUCUGGCCCUCUGAUUUCUUAUUGUCCAAAAUCAAAGAAAUGUAACGUUCUUCAGAUUGAGUCUGAUUUUGGUGGGUGCUUCAUAGCAGCUCCGCAUUUCCCCAGUUUUCUUUCACCAAAGACUGCUCUGAAGGAAUGCCAUUUAGUAUCGUCGAAAUGACUGCUCUCUUUUGGCUCUUCCAGCAUGAUUAUGUGACUUUUUUUUCACAUUGUUGUGGCACUCAAUCAAAAAAAUUCAUUGCCAGGAACUAUUGUUGCAAGGCUCUCCAUGCUUCUUUUAUUUGACCUAUUGUGCC